AGCGCCGGCUGGUAGUUCAGUUGCCACUGCGACGUGGUGCGAUACGGACGGACCUAACCGCAGUCUACCAGAUGUGACAACUGAACAGCUUCAUCAGUAACUAUCGCGAACACCAUGGUGACGGCAUACCUGAGGCUCGAUGUGAACACAUAGCAGUUAUAUGUGCUGUGGAAUAACAUUACAACGAAGAUAUACUACCAAAAUUUUCAUCGGCAAUUUACUUUGCGUAUUUUAUAGUGUGGAAUUUGUUAAAAAUGAUUCUCAAAAGAGAAUUUGGCCAUCUAGUAAUAUUCACAGCUGUACUGCUUCAGCUAGCAUCAGCUGUAACAGCACUCAGAUGUUAUCGGUGCUUUAUCCACCCACAAUCACCCAAAAGUAAUGAGACUACUCAAUUAUGCUCGCAUUUUGAUGGCUCAUCUCUCUACGAAACCGACUGCAAGUACUCGACUUUCUGCAUGAAGAGGACAUUUGAACUGCCUCUGCAGAAAGGAAAAGUUGUACGAGGAGUUCUUCGUGACUGUGCUCCACAGCAAAACAACUACCAGUCAUAUGAUGGAACACAGUGGAAAAUGAAGACUGUAAUUGAAGAAACAAUUUAUGUUGAAGGGUGUCAUCCUAGUGAACCACAGGGGGUCAAGACACCAUCAACUGAGUACUGUUACUGCAGUGGAAAUCUGUGCAAUGGCGCCAAGCCUUCCCGAGAAACUUCCCACCACCACACAGAUGCCAUGGCUGUUAUAUUUGUCUUUAAUGCUAUGAAAUAUAUACGCAGCCUAAGGUAGUUACAAUAUUCUAUGUAAAUUUGGUUAAUGAUGUGAAAUUCAGGUCAAGCAAGAGGGAAUACAAGUGCUACAAAACCUGCUCAUAGCAGCCAAACAAACAUGAGAGUGGUACAGUAAAUUUUACAGUAAAUUACUCAAUAUAUAUGUGUGUGUUGUAUUCUGAGAUAAGAUAACCAAGAAAAGAAACACACAUACUGACAAAUAUCACAGUGCUGGUAUUGUUACUACCACUUUAAAAUUUUCGUGUAAAGCAUAACACAGUAGCUGCAAAUUUGGGUGGUUAUAUCAGAAUACACACAGUUAAGUACAGUUUAUUUAAGGAUUACUAACAAGUGAACUCUGAUAUUAUAAUUUGGUGAAAUGUUAGAUCAGAAAUGGGGCCUCAUAUAAAGACAGGAAUUUUUUCCACCUCUUUAAAAACAGACCACAUAACUAAUUGUUCUUUGAACAAAAGACAAAAAGUGAAUAAGCAACAAAAAUGUACUUCAACACAAAGUUGGACAUACAAAAAUUGUAAAUCUGUUUCAUAUGAUUUAUUACAAGUGUCUUUAAUUUAAACAAGGUUCCUGUAAACAAUGCACAUUCCCUUUCUGCUAUUCUGAAUUAGGAAAUUCCAGCAAAAGCAGGUAUAAAUACUUGCUCCAUAUUUUUUUACAUUCCUGCAAAUUAAGUGCAUUAUGAUCUAUAUUUACAUAUGGACCUAUUUUUAAAAUCGUGAAUUUGUAGGGCAUAAAAACUUCAGGUUAUAGAAAUAUUAUCAACUGAUGAAGAAAUUCAAAGACAGCCAACACAUACAAGGUCUGACAAUUAAAUAAGACUGGUUCUGAAUAUAGUCACUGACCCUUAGUUACAGUUAUUUUCCAAAUAUUUAUUGUCUUACUUUACACACGUAUUCUAGCACCUCAGCCAUGCCUUGAAAAAUCAGUGGAAACAAUUUUCCAUAAGAACUUUGAGUACUGUCUUCAUACUGUUCUGAUUUGUUAACUGGUGUGAUGGUACUAUAGUAUUUACUUUUUAGUCAGAAAUUGCUUCACUGAAAGUAGUGUGUUGAAAAGUACAUUGAAAUAAUGUCAAAUCCACCUACUUAACAAAAGAUUUGAUGUUUCUUUAUGAAUGUGUUACAACAUACACUCAAAAAUUUGAAAAGUAUAAUGUCUGGCUGACUGUUCUGGAGAACAUCUGUAGUCAUAAUAUGCUGACCCACUCAGACAUUAGAACUGAAGGCUCCUCCCAUUAAGUUGGGACACAGUCAAUCAGCAUACUAGUGGAACCAACAAAAAGCCUACAAAUAUUAAAAAUAAAAUUUCCAAAUUACAGCAGAUGCUGGAAAUGCUUUCUGUUCUUACACUCAAAUGCUUAAAGCCAACAUAAGAAGUCUACAUCAACACAAAAACUUCUUCCAAAUCAUAAUGAACUUAAAAUCUGAAUCCCUGGUCUCCUGUGCAAGGUAUCUGAGAGACUUUUGAAAAGAACAUGGAAGCCUAGCAUCACUUUCAUCUGAUUUCUCUUCAAAGAACACUCAUUUUGGCUCUCCUCCAGUAAUGGCACCAUCUGUUUUAUUUCUGACUGUUUGGAUAGUUCUUCUAUAAUUACGACAGGAGGAUAUUCUCCUUACUUUUCUUAAAGAACCAUUUUUUAUUGUGUAUACUGUACAUGAAUACUCAUUAUUCCAUAGUGUAUCUCAUAUAUGGCACACAAGAAAUACUGUAACAUGAAUGAAUAAAUGACUGCUUAUCAUAAAGGUACAGUUAAGUACAUCAGCUGGAAUUUCAAAGCAAAAUGGCUCUUGUGAUAUGGGUUACCUGGCAUAUAACAAAUGAGCUCACUUUAAGAAGAAAGUCGUCUUCUGGGUUUAGGCGCCGCGUAUUCUUUGUUUUGGCCAAAACGAAGAAUACACGGCGCCUAAACCCAGAAGACGACUUUCUUCAUAGUCAUCGCCGUGAAAACCUCAAAACUUACAGAGCUCACUUUAUGUUAGCAUGACAGAUGUUCAGUGAUCUUUUGGUCGAAGUGAAGAGAUGCUGAAUGAAAUAAAUGUUAGACUUGAACAUUCUCUGACAGCCAGAUGGCAUUUCCAUCUACUACUGUAAUCUGUGUAAAUUUUAACUGUAAUGGGUUUAAGGUGUAGAUCUGUGAGUUCUGCUUGCAGUCUGAAUCUUUAUGGUCCAGCUUGAUGUGAACAGCAUCCACCUGAGUAGGUCAACAAUCUCCCUCCCUUAUAUUACAGGCUACCUAGAAUUGUCUUGGGCUGCACAAAUAUUUCAAACGAUACUUAUGUAAGAAGAAAACUGGAUCUUUAUUAUUACUAUUGGUCAUAUACAGAUAUUUUAGUUAUUUUUCAUAAAAUAAUAAUUUAAAAUAAAUUCAUAAUUAAAUUAAUCUUACAUGCAAACUCAUGAAUCUCUAGAUGUUUAGUCACAAUGACUCACAGAAA